ACGGUAUUUCUAUUUUUUUCCGUUCUAGCUAAAAACUUUGCCAUCCAGGUAAAGUGUCAGCAAUCUGUAAUAACUCGUCAACCCAUUACAAGUGUAAAAUUGCAGCCUCCACCUCAUAAGCGUUUGAAUUCCGCUAUAAUUGAAGCUCAACGAAUUGAGAAAAUGGGUAUCAAUGGAACAGGAGAUGGACCCGCUAAUAUUGACCGUGUUGCAGUGCUUGACUUUGGAGCACAAUAUGGAAAGGUAAUAGACCGUCGUGUACGUGAGGCGAAUGUCCUUUCGGAAAUGUUCCCCUUGAAGACGAAGGCGAAGGACCUCUUGAAGAAAGGAAACUUCAAAGCUAUAAUAAUCUCGGGUGGCCCAAAUUCAGUGUAUGUUGAAGGCGCUGCCCAACCUGAUCCAGAAAUUUUCCUGUGUGGUUUACCUGUUCUGGGGAUAUGCUACGGUUUUCAGCUGAUAAAUAAGGCACACGGUGGUGAUGUCGCUAGGGAGCAUGUCAGGGAAGAUGGACAGUGUAAAGUGUGGCUAGAUACCUCUUGUGAUCUCUUUUAUGGUCUUAAUGAAAACGAGCAGGUGCUAUUGACUCAUGGUGACUCUGUGACGGAGAAAACUGUGGCGCCCGGUUUUAAAGUUGUUGCAAAAAAAGCGGAAGGACGAUGUUGCAGGUAUCGCAUGUCCUGA